CCCGCUUUUGUCGUUUUCGUCGGUGCGUUAAAACGACGCUCUCGAAGAAAAGCGCGUACCAGACAACCAUCAUCGAUUUCCCGAAGCGGUAUUUGCUUUUGCUGUAGCUACACACACUCCUGCAAUAAAGCAUCCCCACCUUCCCCCACCCCCACUCUCUCUCUCAUGCGGUUCUUUCUUCAACUCUCUCAAUUUCUACUCUCAUUGCAGGAUCGCUCUCUCCUUUUCUCUGCUUUUCACUCUCCCUAGUAGAUCUUCUUUUCCCUUUUUCAUCUAAAAAAAAUAGAAGGAAAAGAAAAAGAAAAAGCUAUUUUCGCUGCAUUGUUGCCGUAGAUCUUUGCCGCAUUUCAUGGAUCUACAAUCUCGCCGAGCCACAUUGUCUUAAUAUUCUCUCUCUUAGGGUUUUUGUUCCCUUUCUUUUACUUUUUUUGGCGCUUGGCGGCGGAGGAGUGUGCAUUUAUUUUUGUUUGGUUAUGAGGUGUGUUGUUUGGCUCGGAGAAUGCGACGGAGAGUUUGGACGGCGGCGAAUAGUCCACCGGAAUCUUAGGACCCUCCAGUGGCUCUCCGAAGAGGCUUACGUGGUCCGAGUUGGUAUCUGUUUCUGACGAUGGUUGUUGUGGACUCUGGUUCGACGAGAGAAGAUGCCUGCUCUGAAUCUGCUCCCUUUGCUUCUUGUUUACUUUCUCUCUUGUUCUUGUCUAGGGAUGCAAAUAUUCUUGUCUCCUUUACAAUCUGUGCACCAGUUGUCUGCGAUGGAAACAACAGUUGACCACGCAGCUAGGCUGAUUUCAAUGCGCAUGUUAUUUUCUCGACCAAGAUCAUCCCAGGAACAUGUUAACCCUUCUUUUGGGGCAGCCAUCACACCUGCACCUUCUCCUAUUCCCCAAGCUCCUCUUGCUAGCCCCAGUAACCAUGUGGUACCCCGACAUCAUCAUUUUGGUCAUCAUCAUCAUCAUCAUGUCAAACCUCGAGCAGCAGCUGCAUCACCUUCAGAGCAAGGUUGCGAUCAAAUUUGUGUGGAGCCACUUACUGCAACUCCUUUUGGUUCACCUUGUGGUUGUGUGUUCCCUAUGAAAGUCAAACUUCUUCUAACUGUAGCUCCAUAUGCUGUUUUCCCUGUGAUGAAUGAGCUAGAGAUUGAGGUUGCUGCAGGCAUAUAUUUGCAACAAAGUCAAGUGAAAAUAAUGGGUGCUACUGCUGAUACUCGAAAUCAGGGUAGAACAUUGGUGGAGAUUAACUUGGUUCCACUUGGAGAGAAGUUUGAUAAUACAACAGCAAUACUUACAUAUGACCGACUUUGGCAUAAAAGAGUGUCUCUAAACUCAACUCUUUUUGGAACAUAUGAGGCGGUAUCCAUAAGUUAUCCAGGAAUUCCUGCUUCACCGCCAUAUGAGAAUUUUUUGGGGAGUGGUCCAACUGGAAGUGCUGGAGAUCUCCCUAUUACAGCUGAUUUUGUUAACAAGAACCAAAAGAUGAACAUCAGGAUCAUUGCCAUUAUUAUUUUAUCUGCUUUUGUGCUCCUAUUGGUUUUAGCUGGAGCAAUCCCUGUCCUUAUAAAAUGGAGGAAGGUUGGAAGACCAUCCAAUGCUGUUGGUCCAGCGUAUCCUUCCUCGAUAAACAAAAGAUCUGGCAUUGGUUCUAUCCUGUCAAGCAGUAUGGCAAGCUCUACAUCAAUGUCACUCAUGUCUGCUAUGGCUACUUGUGCUCUCUCAGUUAAAACAUUUGCACUUAUUGAGCUUGAGAAAGUGACAAACAAGUUCAGUUCAAAGAGGAUUCUCGGUGAAGGAGGAUUUGGACGUGUUUACCGUGGUGUUAUGGAUGAUGGAAGUGAGGUAGCUGUUAAGUUACUUACAAGAGAUAAUGAGAAUAGAGACCGUGAAUUUAUUGCAGAAGUGGAGAUGCUAAGCCGAUUGCACCACCGCAAUCUUGUGAAACUUGUUGGUAUUUGUAUUGAAGGACGCAUACGCUGCUUGGUCUAUGACCUUGUUCCAAAUGGAAGUGUGGAAUCACACUUGCAUGGUGUUGACAAAAUGAAAGGACCUCUUGAUUGGGAUGGACGCCUGAAGAUUGCCCUUGGAGCAGCUAGAGGGUUGGCUUAUCUUCAUGAAGAUUCUAACCCUCGAGUGAUUCACCGAGAUUUUAAGGCUAGUAAUGUUCUAUUAGAAGAUGACUUCACCCCAAAGGUCUCAGAUUUUGGUUUAGCUAGGGAAGCAACUGAAGGAAGCCAGCACAUUUCUACCCGGGUCAUGGGAACUUUUGGGUACGUUGCUCCUGAAUAUGCUAUGACAGGGCACCUACUUGUUAAGAGUGAUGUUUACAGUUUUGGAGUUGUGCUUCUUGAGCUUUUGACUGGAAGAAAACCUGUGGAUAUGUCUCAACCUCAGGGACAGGAAAAUCUAGUAACGUGGGCGCGGCCUCUACUUACCAGUAGAGAAGGUGUAGAACAGUUGGUGGAUCCUUCCUUGGCUGGAACAUAUGAUUUUGACGACAUGGCUAAGGUGGCAGCCAUUGCUUCCAUGUGUGUUCACCCAGAGGUGACUCACAGACCUUUUAUGGGUGAAGUUGUGCAGGCUCUGAAGUUGAUAUACAAUGACACAGAUGAAACAGGUGGGGAUUGCUGUAGUCAAAAGGAGUCUUCUGCCCCAGAAUCCGACUUUAAAGGGGAUUUUGCCCCUUCCGAUAGCAGUUGGUGGAAUGCUGGUGGGGUCACCCCACGCUUAACUUAUGGGCAGGCCUCUUCUUUUAUCACAAUGGAGUAUAGUUCUGGCCCACUUGAAGAGAUGGAAAACAGACCGUUUUCAACUUCAAGUUUGGUUGGAGAUAGAACAUCAUUACCAAUUAGACAUGGUAACAGAUCAGGCCCCUUGAGAACAGUCCGAAGCAAGCCGAGCUUUUAUAGAUUAAGAGGGAGCAUGAGUGAGCAUGGGGGACUCCUUCCAAGGCGAAUUUGGAGUGAUGCCUAUCGGGUUUGAGGUUUCUUUUCCCAACUAUUUUUAUUUUUUGAAUUGUACAGUUCACAAAGGGCCCGGGCUUUUCAGUAAGCGGUCAAUUGUAGCCUAGCAUUUGGGGAUUCUGGAGUUUCCAUGUUCGUUGAGAGGCAGAGAGCCGACCUUGGCUUCUUAUUUUUAAAGUCUUGAUUCAUUACCAUACAAAAAUGGAGAUGUAAGUUGAAUACUUACUGUAUUAGAACAUAAUUUGCUGAAUCCAAGGGCGACAGGUAUAUUUUUGGCUACAAACUUUCGGGCUCAAACCAGAUUGCCCUGUAAACAAAUUUACAGAUGAGCAAGGCUCUUUUGUAACCCUAAGAGUUUAGGAUUAGGAUGUCACGGUUCUUUUAAUUUCUUUCUGGGUAUAGUUUGUGUGAAGAAAUUGCAAGAAAUGACAGACAGUUCUUAGGUAACCUGUUUGAUUUUAAUGAACAGGAAGCAAAGUGGGUAAGAAAUUAUCCUAAGCAGCAAUGGCUCCAAAUCCUAUUCCACAUUGAGGCACACGGUGAAAAAAAAAAAAAAAAAAACUAUGAAUGCCGUUUUGGUUUGGCUGCGGCGAACUUCUCAUAUCCUAGACGAUGCCAAAUCAAGAGGCUCGACCCUCGAGCAAUUAUUUCUUCAUUAUUUUCUUUUUGUCCUUUUAUUGACAUAAAUAAUCCAAAUCCGAGCGCACACCCCCCCCCCCCCCCAAGGGUAAAAUUUCGAACCCAUAUUCUAGCCCGGACCGGGAUUGAGUCCAACCCACCUUAACCACCAGCAGGACAGGACUCACCGGACAGUAAAUCUCUAUCGACUAUUCAACUGUUUUUGCUUACAUCUAUUCCCA